AUGUCCACCGCCUCGAUUCGUCAACGCUCCACCGCUGGCCAACAGCAGAAGGAGGCCCUCAUGCAAAAGGCCGAGGUCAAGCAGCAGUCUGAAGAGGCUGCCGCCAUCGCUCAGGGCAAGCAGUUUGUCCCACCGACCUACACGAUCAAGCAGCUCCUCGACGCCAUCCCGGCGCACUGUUACGAGAGGUCGGCCAUCAAGAGUUCGCAGUACAUCGUACAGGACGUCAUCGCCCUCGGGUGUUUGGUCUGGGCUUCGUUCAAGACGGACCCCUUCCUCGCUUCCUUCAACCUCCCCAACCCCGCUUACCAGCUCGCCCGAGCCGUCAUCCACACCUCGAUCUCGAUCUGGAUGGGUCUCUUUGGAACCGGUCUCUGGAUCAUCGCCCACGAAUGCGGUCACCAAGCCUUUUCGGAGAGCAAGCAGAUCAACAACGCCGUCGGAUGGGUCUUGCACUCGAUCCUGCUCGUGCCUUACCACUCGUGGAGGAUCUCGCAUGGUCGACACCACGCUGCUACGGGACAUGUGACGAGGGACGAGGUCUUUGUUCCCAAGACCAGGAGCGAGUACGGCGCUCCGGCUAUCAAGGAGGAGGCCGAGAUUGAUGGCAUCUCCGUCUCGCAGCAACGUCAGGAAGAGUUGAAGGAGGCCAUCGGUGAUGCUCCCAUCGUCGUUCUAUACCACCUCGUCGUCCAGCAACUGUUCGGAUGGCCCGCCUACUUGAUCAGGAACGCUUCCGGACAGAGGAGGUACCCCAAGAUGACCAACCACUUCCAGCCGUCCUCGAUCAUCUUCAAGCCCGAGCACUGGUCCCAGAUCAUCAUGUCCGAUGUCGGUCUCUUGAUUGUCCUCUCGGCCGUCGGAUACUGGGCCAGCCAGCGUGGAUUCAAGGAGGUCUUGGUGCUCUACAUCUUGCCCUACUUGCAGGUCAACCACUGGUUGGUCGCCAUCACCUUUGCCCAGCACACCGACCCCUUGUUGCCCCACUACUCUGCCAAGCAAUGGACUUUCGCCAAGGGAGCCCUCUGCACUUUCGACCGUAAAUUCUUUGGACCCAUCGGCAAGCACGUCUUGCACGGAAUCUGCGAGACCCACGUCGCCCACCACAUCUCCAGCAAGAUCCCUCAUUACGCCGCUUGGGAUGCCACAGAGGCCAUCAAGAACUACGUCGGCGAGUACUACCACUACACGGACGAGAACUUCUUGAAGUCGGUCUUCAACAACUACAGGCAGUGCCGAUUCAUCGAGGACACUGGUGACGUCUUGUUCUACAAGAACGCCCGUGGUGUCGCCGCCUACGCCGCCGUCGCACCCGAGUCGCAGUCCGACUCGGGCGUCGAUGUCAGCGCCGACAAGAACUGA